AUGAGGGUGCUGCAGUAUAUUAGUCUCUAUGGAUUUUUGCUUAUUCAUGUCAGUGGAUCUCGUCUUCGCCAAGAGGACUACCCUCCACGAAUCGUGGAGCACCCCUCUGACCUGAUCGUGUCUAAGGGCGAGCCGGCCACUCUCAACUGUAAAGCGGAGGGUCGUCCCACGCCCACGGUGGAGUGGUAUAAAGAUGGAGAGCGGGUGGAGACGGACAGGGACAACCCUCGAUCCCAUCGAAUGCUGCUGCCCAGCGGCUCCCUCUUCUUCCUGCGCAUCGUCCACGGACGGCGGAGCAAACCCGACGACGGCAGCUACGUGUGCGUGGCCCGUAACUACCUGGGAGAAGCCGUCAGUCACAACGCUUCUCUAGAAGUGGCAUUGUUGCGUGAUGACUUUAGACAGAACCCUCAGGAUGUAGUAGUGGCAGUGGGGGAGGCUGCCACCCUGGAGUGCCAGCCUCCUCGCGGGCACCCAGAGCCCACCACCUUCUGGAGGAAAGACAAAGCCCGCCUGGACCUCAAAGACGACAGAAUCACUAUCCGCGGUGGAAAGCUGACGAUCUCCAACACCAGGAAAAGUGAUUCGGGGAUGUAUGUGUGUGUUGCCACCAACAUGGUUGGAGAGAGAGACAGCGAGAUGGCCCAGCUGUCUGUGUUUGAGAAGCCCACCUUUGUGAGGAGGCCUGUUAAUCAGGUGGUGUUGGUGGAUGAGAGUGUGGAGCUGCGGUGCCAGGGGCAGGGAGACCCCUCGCCCUCCCUACGCUGGAGAAAAGACGAUGUGGAUGUGCCACGCGGAAGGUAUGAGACCAAGUACGACAAGGACGACUUUGUUCUGAGGAUAAAGAAAGUGGCUGUCGGAGAUCAGGGGAUGUUUACCUGUGUAGCGGAGAAUAGGGUGGGGAAAGUGGAGGCAUCCGCCACCCUCACUGUCAGGGCUCGUCCUGUUGAGGCACCCCAGUUUGUGGUGCGACCCCGGGACCAGAUCGUGACCCAGGGACGCACGGCAACUUUUCCAUGUGAAACCAAGGGGAAUCCGCAGCCCACUGUGUUCUGGCAGAGAGAGGGUAGCCCGGACUUACUGUUUCCUAACCAGCCUUCUCAGGAAGACAGUCGUUUUUCAGUGUCGGAGAAGGGGGAUCUGACCAUCACCUCGGUCCAGCGUUCAGAUGCUGGUUAUUAUAUCUGCCAGGCCCUGACCGUGGCUGGGAGCAUACUAGCCAAGGCCCAGCUUGAGAUCUCUGACGCCCUAAAGGACCGCCCACCGCCUAUUAUUCGCCAGGGACCGACCAAUCAGACUCUGGCUGUAGACGGGUUGGCAGUGCUGGGUUGUCAGGCCUCCGGAGAGCCUGCACCUUCAGUCACCUGGCUGAAGGAUGGGGUCAGUCUGCUGGGUAAAGACCCUCGCAUGUCCCUGAUAGAGCCAGGCAGCCUCCAGAUCAAAAACCUCAAGCUCUCUGACUCUGGUCUGUACACUUGCCUGGCCACUAGCUCCAGCGGAGAGACCUCAUGGAGUGCCUUUCUGGACGUUAGAGAGUCUGGCGAGGUCACAGACUCCGUAUCCCACAAUGCCACGGCUCUCCCAGGGCCACCCUCCAAACCAGAGGUCACGGAUGUCACCAAGAGCAGCGUGUCGUUGUCGUGGCACCCAGGGCCUGAGGAAGCUCCCCUCAUUUCAUCCUAUGUCAUCGAGGCCUUUGGCCAGCUGGUAAGUAACAGCUGGCAGACGGUUGCUGAACAUGUGAAGAGCACCCAGUAUACUGUCAGAGACCUGCGCCCCAACACCGUCUACCUGUUCAUCAUCAGAGCAGUCAACGCGCAGGGCCUGGGAGACCCCAGUCCAAUGUCUGAACCAGUCCGCACUCAAGACAUCAGCCCAGCAGUGCAGGGGGUGGAUCACAGGCGUGUGCAGAAGGAGCUGGGUGACGUGGUCGUCAGCAUGCACAACCCAGAGGUGCUCAGCUCCACCUCUGUCAGAGUCACAUGGAUGGUCGAAAACCCGUCUCAGUUCAUCCAGGGAUAUCGCGUACUGUACAGGCAAACCUCAGGACUGCCCUCCCCGGGAGCUUGGCAGAGCCAGGACCUGAAGGUCCCCUCACAGCGUGAUAUCACCCUGACCGAUCUAAAGAAAGGAGUGGUCUACGAAAUCAAAGUGCGGCCCUACUUCAACGAGUUUCAAGGAGCAGACAGCGAGUCCAUGACUGCACGCACCCUAGAGGAAGCCCCCAGUGCACCUCCCCAGCAGGUCACAGUGCUUACAGUGGGGAGUCACAACAGCACCUCCAUCAGUAUCUCCUGGGACCCGCCACCAUCAGACCACCAGAACGGCAUCAUUCAGGAGUACAAGAUUUGGUGUCUGGGCAACGAGAGUCGUUUUCAUGUGAAUAAGACGGUGGACGCUGCCAUUCGCUCCGUGGUGGUUGGCGGACUGCAGACGGGGGUCCAAUACCGGGUGGAGGUGGCGGCCGGCACUAGCGCGGGCGUGGGGGUGAAAAGCGAACCCCAGCCCAUUGUCAUAGGUGCAGAAUCGAGGGACGUGAUGACAGGGGAGGAGGGCAAUAACAGCAUUACUGAUGUGGUUAAACAGCCAGCCUUCAUCGCUGGCCUGGGCGGGGCCUGCUGGAUCGUACUGAUGGGAUUCAGUGCCUGGCUCUACUGGCGAAGGAAGAAGAGGAAGGGUCUGAGUAACUAUGCAGUUCAGUCCUUCACCUUUACCCGUGCAGUGACAUUCCAGAGAGGAGACAGAGACCUGAUGGGAAAUGGAAGCCGUCCUGGCCUGCUAAAAGCUGGUGACCCUGGAUUCCCAUGGCUGGCUGACUCUUGGCCCUCCACUAGUCUGCCUGCCAACGGUGGCCUGGGAGGGCCAAAAGACCGGGGCAAUUUUGGCCGUGGAGAUGUGUUACCUACUGGGGCGGGUGAGAAGACAGGCACCAUGCUGUCUGAUGGUGCCAUUUACAGCAGCAUUGACUUCAGCGGUAAAGCAGGCUACAGCAGCCCCGCGCGGGUCAGCCAGGCCACCCCGUACGCCACCACGCAGAUCCUCCAGUCCAACAGCUUCCACGAGCUGGCAGUGGAUCGACCAGACCCCCGCUGGAAGGCCUCGCUUCGGGCCCAGCAGGAGAUGGCCAGCCUGGGAUACUCGCUGACUGACAGUCGCUCCUGCGGCAACGGAGGGAAGGCUGGAAAAAAGAAGAAGUCAAAGAGUGGCAGUAAAACGGCCAAGUCCAACGGCUCCUGCUGGGCCAACAUACCCCUUCCUCCCCCGCCUAUGAACCCCCUGCCAGGCACAGAGGUAGACCACUACGCCCCCGAGCACCGUUCCACAGGAGGGUAUGAAAGUGACAGCUGGGCUCCGCCCUUGCCUGUGCAGACUUACCUGCACCAAGGUCUGGACGAUGAGUUGGAGGAGGAGGAACGAGUUCCAACCCCACCUCUGAGGGGCGUUACCUCUUCUCCAGGAACAAUGCCCUAUGGGCAAGCCUCCUCAGCUUCAUUAGGCUCCUCCCACCAUGAAGAGAUGCAGUCCAUGCUCCAAGCCCAUCUGGAUGAACUGACGCGAGCAUACCAGUAUGAAGUGGCUAAACAGACAUGGCAAAUGAAGGGCAGCCCAAACCCACCCAAGACGCCUGCCCCGCCUGUCGGAUAUGUGUCUAGUACGCUGGGAUCGGACCUGGGUACGGAUAUCCUGACGGAGGGAGAGGAGGAGGACGGAGACAACGAAGCUUAUGAGUUGUCUGGAAAGCUAUGCCCCAUAGACUACGCUCCUCCUGGACAGAGCGUGGACAGCAGGAACGGAGCCAUCGCAGGAAAAGCCUUUUCCCAGCAAGCUCAGCCCAGUAGCCCCGCGCCUACAGAUGGAAGCGUACUGGGAACACAGAGCCUGGGUCACCAGAGGGCAAUGUACCCCACCCGCAAACCACAGACAGAGACAGCAGGCACCGAGCCUCGCAGGAAAGACAACACUGCAGACGUGAGAGCUCCUGCCUCUCAGCCGUUACACACUGUCGGUGCACGCCUCCAUGGUUCCUGGGGUUCUGUAGGUUCUGACCCACCAGACGAGUGUAUGGUCUCCACCCUGGAGAGACAGCACAUGGCUCCUUGGAAUGGCCCGGUGUCCUCCAGAGGCACGUUGGGCCGCGGGUCCAAUCAGAGGUCCAUCUCGGACGCCUCGGACCCAGCACGGCUGGGACCCAGCGGCGUGGAGCCAAAUUACGGAGAAUUAUGUGAGUCCUCUCAAAACGUGGUUUAA